GGAAAGUGUAGCUUUCCGGUACAUCACUAUUCUCCGCGCUUCGUGCAACAAACGUUAGAAAACUGUUUCCGGUCAAAUUGAAAACACACGCUAUCUAUUUAUUUCAGAAUAAAGAAAAUAGUGGCCGUUUUACAAAUCUGAUCAAAAGGUAAUCAUCUGCUAUGGACGGGGACCUUUAUGAUGAGUUUGGUAAUUACAUAGGUCCAGAAUUAGAUAGUGAUGAUGAUGAUGAUAGCGAUGACUCUGGGGACCAAGAUGAUGUAGAAAAGUACCCAGAUUAUGGAGGUGCCGAUGAUGAGGAAGCUAUGGAUCAAGAUGAUGAAGACGCCUCCGACAUGCAGGUUGUUCUUCAUGAAGAUAAGAAAUAUUAUCCGACGCCGGAGGAGGUUUAUGGGCCAGAAGUCGAGACAAUAGUUCAAGAAGAAGACACUCAGCCUCUAUCAGAGCCUAUCAUUGCCCCAGUGAAGAAGAAAAAGUUUUCUAUGGCAGAGCAGGAUUUACCAGAUACUGUUUACAAUAUGGAAUUCUUGGCAGAUUUAAUGGACACACCUGAGUUAAUCAGAAAUGUUACACUUUGUGGACACUUACAUCAUGGGAAAACAACAUUUGUAGAUUGUCUGGUAUCACAGACUCACCCUGAGAUCAACGUGAAAGAUGAUAAAGAUAUAAGAUAUACAGACACUUUGUUUACAGAAAUUGAGCGUGGUGUAAGCAUCAAGUCUACGCCAGUAACGUUAGUACUGCCAGACACACGGAACAAAUCUUAUCUUGUCAAUGUGUUUGACACACCAGGUCACGUUAAUUUCUCUGACGAGGUAACAGCAGCGUUACGGAUAAGUGACGGGGCUGUCAUAUUUGUGGAUGCUGCUGAUGGGGUGAUGUUGAACACAGAGAGGUUUAUCAAACAUGCUAUACAAGAGAAGUUACCUGUGUGUGUGUGUAUAAACAAGAUUGACAGACUGAUCCUAGAACUUAAACUACCCCCCACAGAUGCCUACUUCAAACUGAGAAAUAUUAUGGAUGAUAUAAAUGGAAUUAUCAGUUUAUAUACAGAAGAGGAAGGUGGCCAGCAGGUGUCGCCACUGAUCGGUAACGUCUGCUUCGCCAGCUCGUACUACAGGCUGUGUUUCACACUCGGUUCUUUUGCCAAGAUUUACUCCGACACUUAUGGCGGAAUUAAUGAAAAAGAAUUUGCGAGACGUCUGUGGGGUGAUAUUUAUUUCAACAGUAAAACACGAAAGUUUACAAAGAAGCCCCCCAACAGUUCUGCCCAGAGAAGUUUUGUGGAGUUUAUACUGGAACCUCUAUACAAGCUGUUUGCACAGAUUGUCGGAGAUGUGGACGAGAGUUUGCCCCGGGUUUGUGACGAGCUAGGUAUAUCACUGACCAGCGAGGAGAAGAAACUUAACAUCCGACCUCUCAUGAGAAUUGUCUGCCGUAGAUUCUUUGGCGACUUUACAGGUUUUGUGGAUAUGUGUGUGGAUCACAUAAAGUCACCGCUAGACAAUGCAAGACGUAAGAUUGAGCAUAUAUACACUGGGCCGAUGGAAUCUGAUCUCGCUGAUAUGAUGGUCCAAUGUGACGCUGACGGACCACUUAUGGUGCACACAACCAAGUUAUACCCCACCCAGGAUGCCACAUGCUUUCAUGUUUUCGGACGUGUGGUGAGCGGAACACUGUACGCAAACCAGGAAGUGAGGAUUCUGGGAGAAAAUUACACAUUACAAGAUGAAGAGGAUUCCAGGUUCGGUCAGAUAGGACGACUGUGGAUCUCAGAAGCUAGAUAUAAGAUCGAGGUAAACCGGGUACCAGCUGGGAACUGGAUCCUGAUAGAGGGAAUAGAUCAACCUAUUGUAAAAACUGCUACAAUUACAGACACAUCAGCUCCUGAGGAGGUACAUAUAUUUAGACCACUUAAAUUUAACACAAGUUCUGUGAUUAAGAUAGCCGUGGAGCCGGUGAACCCGUCAGAGUUACCUAAAAUGUUAGACGGAUUGAGAAAAGUCAACAAGAGUUAUCCUCUUGUUACGACAAAGGUUGAAGAAUCAGGUGAACACAUUAUUCUCGGUACAGGAGAACUCUACCUGGACUGCGUGAUGCAUGAUCUCAGAAAAAUGUACUCUGAAAUAGAUAUUAAAGUAGCCGAUCCAGUUGUGUCGUUCUGCGAGACCGUGGUCGAAACAUCAUCAUUGAAAUGUUUUGCUGAAACACCAAAUAAAAAGAACAAGUUAACGAUGAUUGCGGAACCACUGGAGAAAGGUCUAGCGGAAGACAUUGAGAACGAGGUCGUACAGAUUACAUGGCCAAGGAAACGUCUCGGAGAAUUCUUCCAGACGAAAUACGACUGGGAUUUGCUGGCAGCCAGAUCUAUAUGGGCGUUCGGACCGGAUGCCACCGGACCUAACAUUCUCGUAGAUGAUACCCUACCUUCUGAGGUUGACAAAAGUUUGCUAGGUGCAGUAAAGGACAGUAUAGUUCAGGGGUUCCAAUGGGCAACAAGAGAAGGUCCCCUCUGUGACGAACCAAUACGUAAUGUAAAGUUUAAGAUUCUGGAUGCAGUGAUCGCUCAGGAGCCAAUACAUCGAGGCGGAGGACAAAUUAUACCUACAGCUAGGAGAGUAGCGUACUCAGCUUUCCUCAUGGCGACACCUAGGAUGAUGGAGCCCUAUUAUUUUGUAGAAGUUUUGGCCCCUGCUGACUGCGUGUCUGCUGUGUAUACUGUCCUAGCAAGGAGAAGAGGUCACGUGACCCAAGAUUCCCCAGUGCCUGGUUCCCCACUAUACACAAUCAAAGCUUUCCUGCCGGCUAUAGACUCGUUUGGGUUUGAGACAGAUCUGAGAACGCACACACAGGGUCAGGCUUUCUGUCUGUCCGUGUUUCAUCAUUGGCAGAUAGUACCUGGUGAUCCCCUGGAUAAGAGCAUUCAUAUCCGGCCCCUGGAGGCCCAGCCUGCUACCCAUCUAGCCAGAGAGUUCAUGGUGAAAACUAGGAGGAGAAAAGGUUUGAGUGAAGACGUGAGCAUUAACAAGUUUUUCGACGACCCUAUGUUGUUGGAGUUGGCGAAACAAGAUGUACUGCUCAGUUACCCCAUGUAGAUG